AUGUACUCAACACGUGAGGAUAUCAAGGCUGCUGUUGAUGCGUAUCGCGCACACAUAGCUGGACGUAAUCGCCGAGCCCUUGCAGUGUAUGUGCAACUCGCCACGCAGGGUGAGCUCGACCCGGAAGACUGGGGAGAUGAAGCCGAAGACAUGAGGGUAGACUGUUUUGGGAGCGUACUGGGUCGGAAUGAUGCCCGGACCUUAAUAUCGAGUCCAGAGGAUAUGCUUACCAAGUUCGAUGAACUCGCACCGCUUUGCGAUCUUGACGGCUGUGGAGGACCUAUUCCGACCAGCCAUGACCGAGAGUUGUAUUUCUCCCGUCUAGAGACCGCUUUGAAGGCAAAAUGUCUCGAGGAAGUUCGCGGUAGCAUCACUGCUCCUCCUGAGCUUCGAAUUCUUGCCGAGUACGUGGGUGCGUUGACCGGACCCGGGAUGGGAGAGACCAAGUGGACGUACCAGGCCGUGUUCUGGACCGGGGCGAGCCCUCAAACGGAAUGUCUGAUCGAUGCUACGGUCAAGAGACCCCAGGAGCUUUCAGUUGAUAGUUGUUGGGAUGUCGCUGCGGGAUGGGAAUCUGGGGACGGCGUUGAGAGUUUCUUUUACAUAGUCCACUGCCGAAGAAAUCGGCCCGACGGGGAAGUUGAGCCAUGGGAAUGGCGGUACAUGGCUUACGGCCCGGACGACAGCAAAACCUUUGAUACGAUCCCGGAGUUGCUCGAGUGGUAUAGUCGAUAUCGGGAAGGAGAGGUGCCUAAUAUUGAUGACUUAAGCGUGGACGAUGUACUAGAAGGAAACAUGUACUAG